GACUCAGCAAUAAUGGAUGAUAUGUCUGUGUGUUGUGUUACAGUUGUUAACAUUGUAUAAUUCAAAUUCUAUAUUUUUCAAGGAUAAAUAAGACAGAAAAAUAUUUGUAUAUGUAUUUUCUGAUGUUGCAUCAUGAGUACAGCAGUAACUUCAUCUUCCCCUGGGGAUCCCAAACUUGUUCAGGAGAUCAUAGACAAGUUGAAAUCUCAAGGUUUGUUCGACCAGUUCCGAAAGGAGGGAAUGGGCGAUGUAGAUACAAAGCCAGCCUAUCAGAAUUUGAGGCAACGAAUGGAAGGGCACGUGUCCCGCUUUUUGGAGAAGCAGGUGUGGAGCCCAAAUCUGAAUAAAAAUCAGUUACGAGACCAACUAAGAAAGCAUAUCAAUCAAUCUGGUAUUUUGGCUAGUGGAGUGGAGCGAAUCAUUGAACAAGUGGUUAACCCAAAGAUAUUCUUGGUAAUCAAACCUCGCAUUGAUGAAGUCAUAUGUGAACAUUUGGAAAUUGACUUUAAGGAGCGGCAGGAGAAGCUGCUGCGCAAGAAACACCAGCAGCAAGCCCUGGCUGCUGCUGCAGCUGCUGCAGUGGCUGCUUCAAAUAAUGCCAUGGCAAGUCAUGCUUCAUAUGGAAAUACCUAUUUUCCUUAUCAACAAACCACAUAUUGGCAACAGCAACAGCAAAUACGACCACUUCCACCAAGUACUUCACAGCAGUCACAGCCUCCAACGCCAUUGGCUCAGAAUCAACAGAAACAGACCAUACUGCCAUUUUCAUUACCUGAUACAUCCAAACCACCACCUGCAGCUUUUCUUCCUGCUACAGGUGGAUUUGGUCUUCCUCAGCAACCGUAUCCAAUAAUCCCACAACAGACCUGGAAUACUUCUGUCACAACAACUACUGUCUCAACUACUACUAGUUUUAAUCCCAUGUAUCCUCCCCACAUACUGCCACCAAGCGUACCUUUAGCUGCUGGUGCCCCUCUACCACUUAUGAAUUUUACAUCAGUGCCACCCCCAACUUCUAGUAGUAAGGCUAGUGUUACAAGUAGCACUACAAGUUUGACUAAUUCCAGUAUCAAGGAGACAGGUCGUGGUUUACUGGCUACUCCUAAUUUGUCUCAGGCAAUUGCUCCUAUAACAUUACCUCCCAUGAAUGUUCCCCCUCCAGUAUCACCUGCUCCUCUACAACCACCAGGUAUAGCAGCCCCUGCUUUACAUCCACCCGUCCUUCCUCCACUAAACAUGCCACCUCCACCUAUCACAGAUCCAUUAACUCGACCACUUCCCAGCCUUCCACCUCAUGGACAUGGUCCUUCUAAAGCUCCUUUAGAUAAUGUUCCUAUGAAAGUUGCUGUAAAAACUCCACUUCUUCCUGAUCCCAUUAUUACAAAACUUGUUAACAAACCUUACAAUAAUCCUGUAUUACAACCUCCUGUUGGACUACCAGUAAUGCAGUCUUCUCUGCCACCUAAUGUUCCUGUUCCCCCAUUAGUUUCACAACCAGCACUGCCUCCUUUAACUAAACCAUCUUUGCCUGCAAUUCCACCAAAACCUCUUUUGCCACAACCAGCUCCUCCUCCAUGUGUCACUGAUAUCCUUCCACCACCAACAUCUUCAUCAUCAUCGUCAUCAUCAUUACCAUCUCUACCAAAUCAUGAAGAUCAUCAAAGUUCUAAAAUUCCAGAGAUAAAUAGGGAAGACAUCAAUCAAAGAAUAAGUGAGCCUCCAGAAUCUCUCAAACUUGCUAUUGAAGAAAAAAGCUGGUCUGCUCCAAAACUAGAAGACAUUCCUUUGCCUCAUUUACCAUUUACAGUCGCUACACCUGAAAAAAACAAACCUGCUGAACCAUUAGUUAAAGAGAAAGAGACUAAAGUUCCUGAACAAACAGUUGAAAUAAGUGAAGAAAAAUCAGUUGCAGAAAAUUCUUCAACUGUCAAGAAUAACAGUAAAGAUGUGCCUUCCGAUGGUUUUGUGGAACAAACAUCUGCUAGUACUCAACCUUCUGCUGAUGUUGAAGCAGCUCCAGAGGAAAAAUCUCGGACAUACAAGUUCUCAUGGAGUAAGGGCAGCAUGGAAGGCGAACUGUCUGAUUUUACAAUCAGCUCUGUGCACACCAGUGAUUUGUCUUCUUUUGAUGAGGGAGAUGGUAACAUUUCUCUUUCAGAUGUAAACAGUAGUCCACGUCAUGACAGUGAUACUAAUCCUGACUUGGAAGAUGUUGCUGAAAAAGUUGUUGAAAAAACAGAGCCAAGUCCAUGUAAAGAGACUAAGAAAGCUAAAAUUCCUCCCAGACCUCGUAAACUGAUUUCUUUAUCGUACAAUUAUUCUGACAGUGAUGAUGAUGAAACACGGGAAGAACGUAAAGAACGAAUUGCUAAAGAAAAGGAAGAACGUUAUCUUCGUCGGCAGCAAAGACGAGCUGGUUUGGAAGCCAAAAGAAAAGACAGAGAGGAAGAGAAACAACGUCUGUGCACAAAGACGAAUGUUGAUUCUGAUGAACGGAAAGAAGAUUCAGCACUACCCCCAUCAAAAGUUGAACCUAGUAUUACUGUUAAAUCUGAGGACAAUGAGAAAAAGGAAGCUGUUGCUGUACCCCGUAAGAAGUCAAAGGAAGAAAUGAAAGAAGAGCUACGUAGCCAGAAGGUAAUGGAAAAGCGCCUUGCUCUUCGGCGGCGGCGCACCCGAAAUAAACGCUACACUUCUGAGGAAUUUACCUCCAUAUUUACUGAAAAGGGCCAAUCAUUUUCUAAUUUAAGUUAUCAAGAUAUUGAUGAAAGCUCUCCAGAUCAGCUGCCUGGUGAGAAUGUGGCCCAGUUUGAGUCAACUGAGAAUGAAACUGGGACCUCACAAGCAGUUGAAAUGGAUGAUUGCUUUCCAGAGUCACCCCCUACUCCCACACAAGAUGAACAUGACCCUGAUAUCUAUGAUACACCUGCAUCUGAAGUACUUGUCUCUGAACUGACUAAAAUACCAAUUUAUGAAAUGGGUGGGACAACUGCCUAUUCUGCUGCCCUUGGCCUGGGACCGUUAGACGAGAGUGUCCCCUCAAAACAACAGACUUCAUCAAAUGCUAACAGCAAGAGCACUAAUCCUGAAUCUUCUUUUUCUGGAACUCGAUGUACUAGUCCUUACAGUGAUAUUUCAGAAUCUUCUAAAGAAGAUUUAAUUGAUGAAAUGCCUAAAGAAAAGAAACCUAUUUUAAAGAAAAAGGAAGAGAAAAUAACAAAGAUUGAGAAACCAUCUCAAAAGAUUCCCUUGUUGGAUACUUACAGUAGUAAAAGAAAACCUAGCAGUCAUGGUCAUUAUAAUCUGGGACCUGCAGCACGGCCGCCUCCUCUCUUACCUAAACUGUCAGCAGCUGAUAAUCGCAGCCGUUCUGGUCAGCGCUACAACAUAGAGGAUUUAUACAAACCUCGUAUCAGUCAUCGCCGAACCUUGUCACCAACUGAUUCUGGAAGGUACCCGGACUCUGACCGGCAUUACAAUGCUCAGCGUUACAGCGGUGAUACCAGUUACAAAAAUCGCACCACACUUAGCAGUUUAGGCAGUUCUGCCAAGCGACGUCAUACAACUCCACCUUCCUCAUCUCCUUUGGAGAAUAGAAAUUGUAUUGUAAUGCCCAUGCCUCGAGCAAGUUCACAUCAUGAAAAAACCAAAAUGAGAGACAACUCUUUUAGCAGCAGCCAUAUUUCACAAGAAGAGCAGCAGACUGUAGAAUCAGAGAAGAAAAAAUAUGAAGCAGAAUUACUAGCAGCUGAGAGCAAACUCCAAAAACAAAAGUCUACAUUGGAAUCCAUGGAAUCAAAACAGAGAGUGCAACAGGCUUUAAAUCCAGUGAAAGACCGGUACCACUAUGAUAAAAGGAACAUAACAUACCCCACAACUGCUGCUGUGGAACCUCGCACUAAAUCACCACAAAGGUCUUUUGCUGAUACUCACUAUAUUUCUCCGGCUGCUGAAAAGGAUGUGCGGCGCAGUGUUCCAGUUCGUGAGAUAAUACCUGGUCGCAUGAGAGAACCUUUUGCCCGAAGUCCAUUGAUUUCUACGAGUCCCAUUGGCCUGCAUGAUAAGUCUCCUUCCCUCACAUCUGACCUUGCCACUUCACGCACUUACUAUCCAGAGACAGAUAGCAGACUUCAGUCUUCUAACAAAAGAACUCCUGGUCGAUCACCAUCCCCAGUAAGCAGCUUACAUGGUGCACGGUCACGGCGAAUCAGAACCCCACCUCAUGCCACUGAAGUUGACAGAGUUAGUCAAUGGCAAAGUCCACCUCGACGACACAGCCCACCAAGACGUCCUACUUUAAGCCCAACAUCGCCAAUUAGACGAAGUGAUAGAUAUCCCUCAGGCCAUAAGGUUUUGCUACCCUCCUCUUCCUCCUCCUCUCAAGGUCAGCUGCCUAUACGUGAUCUUUGGCGCCAUCGAAAUCGUUCCCCAGACAACACUGAUAUUGGACACAGAACUUCAAUUUCUUCAUCUUCUUCCUCGUCAUCAUCCUCACAGCUUCCAAUGAGAAGACGUGCUCCAUCUCCCACUGGACUUGCUGGUAGCAGCAGAAAUCGCCGAGAAAGGAGUCCUAUUUCUAAGAGACCACGACGGUGAUAAUUCUAUGUUUCAUUUCAAAUUCACUCCCCCAUAAUUGCAACUUUACAAAUCAACAUUUGGCUUCCGUCAGACCAAAUUCAGAUGGAGUUAACGACUACUCUCAACUUUUAGUUGGCUGAGUCACACAUCAAAGAUUUAACAUAUCGUUUUUCCUCCCAAAUGUUUCCCAACUAAUCACUUCAGAUUUCUUUAUCAUCCUUUACAUUAUUUUCCAAGAUGAAUUAAGACAGAAGGGUCUCAAAUUUACUGAGAAAAGCAGUCCUGUAUCUUUGAGCAGUUGUAUGCCAAAGUACUUAUAAAUAUAAGAAAAAAAUAUUAAUUUUAUUAAAAGAAAAAUUGUAA